ACAGGCGGCCGCUACAGGCGGCAGCGGCGUGCGCGGCGGUGAACAUCGGCAUCUAUCUCUACGCCGCGGUCUUCCUGCGCCUCUUCCGCCGUGACACGCGCUCCUACCACCAGUCCGCGCCAGGCGCCGUGGCUGCGGCCACGGCUGUGGGACUCGCGGCUUACAUCCUGUGCUCUAUUGCCUUCUGGCCCGUCUGGGGCAUUUUCACCCUGCCCAUUCUU